UGUCAGGGUUUUACUGCUGGAUAAGUCAGCCUUGGGUGUACAGGUGUGACCGGCAGAAUAAAGUCGUGGUGUAUAAUGGUAGCUCAAACAUUAUAAGCGACAUAGUUCGUGUCAAAAGGCCCGUCGAAUGAAAUUUGCAGACGAAAUGUGGCUGUGCAGUUUAACCUUACGCACUGCCCCUUUAAGCAGCUCGCCUCCUCGUCUCUCCCACCGUGUGUCUCUCUUCCCCAUUUCGCUGCUUUGUUUUCAUUGUCGCUCCUCUGAUCAUGGCUGCUCAUUCUACCGAAGAACCGUUCCCUUUCCACGGGCUGCUCCCCAAAAAAGAAACCGGUGCCGCGUCUUACCUCACCAGGUUCCCGGAGUACGAUGGCCGAGGAGUCCUCAUCGCUAUCCUCGACACCGGCGUGGACCCUGGGGCCCCCGGCAUGCAGGUCACAACUGAAGGGAAGCCAAAGAUCAUCGAUAUCAUCGAUACAACAGGCAGCGGUGACGUGAACAUGACCACAGUGGCAGAACCUAAAGAUGGGACAAUCACUGGCCUCUCUGGUAGAAUACUUAAGAUCCCUCCUGCUUGGGUCAAUCCAUCAGGGAAGUAUCGCAUUGGAGUUAAAAAUGGCUAUGAGUUCUUCCCUAAGGCUCUUAAAGAAAGAAUACAGAAAGAGCGAAAGGAGAAGAUGUGGGACCCACCACACAGAGCAGCACUUGCUGAGGUCUGCCGCAAGACAGAAGAGUUUGACCUCUCUCAUCCAUCACCCUCACAGAUGGAAAAGUUGCAGAAAGAGGAGCUGCAGAGUCAGGCAGAGCUGCUGGCAUCACUAGAAAAGAAGUACAGUGAUCCUGGUCCUGUAUAUGACUGUGUCCUUUGGCAUGACGGCAUCACAUGGAGGGCAGUACUGGACACUUCAGAGUGUGGAGAGCUGUCGCAGUGCACAGUGCUGUGCUCCUACAGAGAGACGCAAGAAUAUGCCACAUUAGGCAAUGCUGAGAUGCUUAACUACUCUGUUAAUAUUUAUGAUGAGGGAAACGCGCUCUGCAUCGUCACUAGUGGAGGGGCCCAUGGAACACAUGUGGCAAGCAUUGCAGCCGGUUACUUCCCAGAAGAACCAGAGCGCAAUGGUGUGGCCCCCGGUGCCCAGAUCCUGGCUCUGAAGAUUGGAGACACCCGCCUCAGCACCAUGGAAACAGGCACAGGACUCAUCCGUGCGAUGAUUGAAGUAAUCAACUACAAGUGUGACCUGGUUAACUAUAGUUAUGGGGAAGCUACCCACUGGCCUAACUCGGGGAGGAUUUGUGAGGUGAUCACAGAGGCUGUCCAGAAGCACAAUGUGAUAUUUGUUUCAAGUGCUGGGAACAACGGCCCUUGCCUCUCCACAGUUGGCUGCCCAGGGGGAACCACCAGUAGUGUCAUUGGUGUUGGAGCUUAUGUGACUCCAGACAUGAUGGUGGCAGAGUAUUCCCUGAGGGAGAAGCUGCCUCCCAACCAGUACACCUGGUCGUCCAGGGGUCCCAGUACAGACGGAGCCCUGGGGGUCAGCAUCAGUGCCCCCGGUGGUGCCAUUGCCUCUGUACCCAACUGGACUCUUCGUGGUACCCAGCUGAUGAACGGCACAUCCAUGUCAUCCCCUAAUGCCUGUGGAGGCAUCGCACUAAUCCUUUCAGGACUGAAGCAGAACGGGAUCCGUCCCUCUGUCCCUGCGGUGAGGAGAGCACUUGAAAACACAGCUCUGAAGGUUGAUGACAUUGAGGUGUUUGCACAGGGCCAUGGCAUAAUCCAGGUGGACAGGGCAUUAGACUACCUCACUCAACACGCCUCUUUACCCACGAGCCACCUUGGCUUCUCAGUAAGCGUGGGAACACAGAGAGGUAUCUACCUCAGGGACCCAGGCCAAGUUCUUGCACCCUCAGAUCAUGGAGUAGGAAUUGAACCCAUCUUCCCAGAGAACACAGGAAACACUGAGCGAAUCUCCUUGCAGCUACACUUGGGGCUGACAUGUGUCGCCACAUGGGUCCAGUGCCCCUCCCAUUUAGAGCUGAUGAACCAGUGUCGUCAUGUCAAUGUCCGCAUCGAUCCUGUGGGACUCAGAGAGGGAGUGCACUACACAGAGGUGUGUGGAUACGAUACAUCUGCGCCUAGCUGCGGUCCUCUGUUCAGAGUUCCAAUCACGGUUAUCAUCCCUGCCAAAGUGACAGAUAGUCGUAAUCAGGAGGUGUGUUUCUCAGACAUCCACUUCAGACCAGGCCAGAUCAGACGGCACUUUAUCACUGUUCCUCAGGGAGCCUCCUGGGCAGAGAUCACAUUGACCUCUCAUUCGGGAGAUGUGUCGUCAAAGUUUGUUCUCCAUGCGGUGCACCUGGUCAAACAGAAGGCAUACAGAGCUAAUGAAUUCUACAAGUUCUCUUCACUAUUGGAAAGAGGCUCACUAACUGAGGCUUUUCCUGUGCUGUCAGGCAGGGUCGUCGAGUUGUGCAUUGCGCGCUGGUGGGCGAGCCUGGGUGACGUCACGGUGGACUACAGCAUCUCGUUCCACGGACUCAACACUUCCCCUUCACCCCUUCACAUACAUGCCUCAGAGGGAGUGACGAGUUUUGAUGUGUCGUCGCCUCUAAGGUACGAGGAGGUGUCCCCCACUAUUACCCUCAAGUCCUGGGUUCAGCCCCUCAGACCCUUAAGUUCAAAGAUAAAAGCCUUGGGAAUGAGGGAUGUUCUCCCCAAUAACAGACAACUCUACGAGAUUAUCCUCACCUACAGCUUUCACCAGCCUAAGAGUGGAGAGGUCACCCCCAGCUGUCCCAUGCUGUGUGAGCUGCUUUAUGAGUCUGAAUUUGACAGUCAGCUCUGGAUGCUUUUUGAUCAGAACAAGAGACUGCUUGGCUCAGGGGAUGCCUACCCACACCAGUAUUCCCUGAAGCUGGAAAAGGGGGACUACACUCUGCGUCUGCAGGUCCGUCACGAGCAGUCCAGUGAGUUGGAGCGUCUUAAGGACCUACCAUUUGUGGUUUCUCACCGUCUGUCGACCACUCUCAGUCUAGAUGUCUACGAGACGCAUCGAGCUGCCCUCAUGGCCAAGAAAAAGGCAAACUCUGUCACCCUGUGCCCGGGUGCCACUCAGCCUUUCUACGUCACAGCCCUGCCUGACGACAAGAUCCCUAAGGGGACGAGUCCAGGGUGCUAUCUUUCAGGCUCUCUCGUCGUCCCCAAGAGCGAGUAUGGCAAGAAAGCAGGGCAGGCCUCUGCAAAACGACAAGGAAAGUUUAAAAAGGAUAUUGUACCAGUCAUCUACCAUUUAAUUCCUGCUCCCAAUAAAACAAAGAAUGGAGGGAAGGAGAAGGACAAGGAUGGAGACAAAGAGAAAGACGUGAAAGAGGAGUUUGCAGAAGCCAUGCGAGACUUGAAGAUUCAGUGGAUGACAAAGUUGGACUCCAGCUCCAUCUACGAUGAACUGACGGACAACUUCUCAGAUUACCUUCCUCUGCAUGUACAAAGACUGCACCAGCUGGACUUAGAAAAGGAGCGUGUCAAACGUCUCAGGGAGGUGGUAUCGGCAGCUGACAUCGUCAUCUCCCACAUCGACCAGACAGCCUUGGCUGUUUACCUCACCAUGAAGACGGACCCUCGUCCUGAUGCCGCUUCUAUCAAGACUGACAUGGAGAAGCAGAAGUCGUCUCUGCUGGACGCUCUCUGUAGAAAGGGCUGUGCUCUGGCUGACCAGCUCCUGCUGCCCCCCACGCCAAAGGAGGCCGCCGGUGCUGUUGCCACAGGACAAGCUGCAGCAGAGGAGGAGGUUGGAGAGCAAGCGGCCAGCAGCUCUGACGACACCCUGCACAACGUGGCUAAAGCCCUGAUGGAUACGUUUUGGGAGGUGCAGAAGUGGGCAGAGCUAACUGACUCCAAGGUGUUGAUGUUUGCAUAUAAACAUGCUCUGGUGAACAAGAUGUACAGCCGAGCCUUAAAAUACGCCUCAAAGAUGGUGGAGGAGAAGCCCAGCAAAGAGAACAUGAAGAACUGCAUCCAGCUUAUGCGACACCUCCGAUGGACACACUGCGCUACUUUCAGUGAGAACUGGCUUCCUGUCAUGUACCCCGCUGACUACACACCUUUCUAGGCACAGACACACACACACACAUGCAUGAGCAGUAGGGCCACACAUGGUCCAAUUACAUGGUAAGUUCGAUAUCAUGUCCCUCAGUGUCACGUGGUCUAUGCAUCUGACCAACCAGCUGCCUCCUGAGAAUUUUUUUUGUUUUUCAAAUUCAGACAUAGGUGAACACCAAAAUGGAGGAGAACGUUGGUUGUAAACAGUUUGAUGCACUCGACACCUUAUAAGGGGAGGGAUUGUGUUCAUCAUGGAACCAGUCAAACGAGGUCAUUUAAAUGUCUUGUUGAACAUCACAGCUCCACCGACCAUGUAGCAUGACUGCGUCAGCUUUUUGUUUGAAUAUCAUCAACAGAAAAAUGUUGAAUUUUUUUUUUUUUUUUUAAAUGGUCAAAACUCUUGAUAGUGUAGCUCAUUGAUAUCUUAGUUGGGCGUUGUCCUUUAUCUUGGUGUCAUCUACACAUUUGAAGGCUUUCACAUCCACCCAACCCCCCUCAGCUCAACGCUCUCCAUAUCAGAUUAAUAACCUCAUUCUCUCAUGAAAAUAUUGUGAAAGGGCCAGUGUGAACUCCAGGGAUGCAUCCCAAGUCUUUAAAAAAAAAAAAACCUCUGACUCUAUUUAAUCACUUUCAAAAAAUCAACAACACAACGAUGCUUCAGUGGGAAGAAAGGAGGACACUCUGCUGCACCAUGUUCGGACAUACGAGGGCACUGCCUGAUCCCUGAAUAAAAAGACAAGCUCGGACAGAACUUCGUAUCUUUUUUCUUUGUUUUUUGAUCGUUCCAACCUGGCUAGGUAGAUAAUGUUAACGUUUAGUCUUGUGUCUUUUUAGGCUCUGACUCACGUACACAGUCUCAGAACACACAAACAGUGCUGAGGUGCCUUUCUACAUGUACCUUACCUUUUCUGAUGGGAUGAAAGAUGAAGUGCAAGGACUUUGGCCAGAGGGAGCUGCAGAAUCAGUAGCGUCAGUCAGCUAUUUUCAGUCCUUUCACCCAUCAGCUUGUGGUGUCAAAUGUGGUUUUUAAAGCUCAUAUAAGCAGUGUGAUGUGUCAGUGACUUGUCAGGAAGCCACAAACACACUUUCUUGGCUCCUACUUACCUCCAGAGGUGUUCGCCACCUAAUUCACACUGCAGUUACCCGAGCAGCGCGUUUGAUGACCAUCAGACAGACCUCACUAACGUAACAGAUGCAGUUGUAGGUGGCGAUACGAUGUUCAACAUCAGAUUUCAUUGUAAAAUGUUCACACAGUAGUUUAGUAUGUUUCUCUGCAGCAUUCAAAAUGUUGCAUUUGUACACAGUGUCAUAAAAUAAUGUACAUACACACAUAACAUUAAAAAAUAUUAAGAUGCAAUAGGUAUAUAAUACAAAUAUUAUUCUAAUUGAUGUAUUUUGCAUAUAUGCAUGUCUUCUAGGGCAGUGGUUCUCAACAUGGGGUCCCGACCCCCCAAAGGGGCCGUGGGAUAAUUUCCGGGGGUCGCCAGAUGGUUGUGGGGAAAAAAUAAAAUAACAUAUUUUAGACUGGGGAAUGGUUUUGACAUUACAUCACCUGUACCAGUGGUAUAAUUUCCCUUUUAGAAUAGCUUUUAUUGAGUGUGCCUGCACAUGAGUUUUUGAUUGGUCCCAAAAAAAAAGUUUUUAUUUUGUGCCACAGUAACGUGCUUAACCAAGCAGCUAUAGCCAGUUUUGGUAACUAUCACAUGGAACGACUAUGGAGCGAUGGCUUCUCUGCCUAUCGAUCUCCUCCACUGUGUUUCAGUACCAUGGACAGCGCCGCACCUACACAGGCAAACCCCUAAUUUAGCCAUACUCAUUUCACAAUGCCACGGACCUGAUUAUUCUGGGGGGGUCGUGACUCAAAAAGGUUGAGAACCACUGUUCUAGGAUGUAAGGAAAAAUAGUUUUAUUUGGAAGCAGAUUUUAGGUUGUUUCAAUUUGAAAUAUUUUAAUCCAAACAAGACUUUGACAAUAUCCACUUUCAGAGUGUGUGUUUGUGAAUGAUUUUAUUUGUACUCAUGAGCAUAUUUUGUGUACAUGAACAGAACUGAAAUGAUAGCCAUUUAGGGGGGGGUUAGGCGUUUGUUUUUUGUUUUUAUUUUUUUCUUCAGAUACCUUCUUUACUUAAAAGGACCACACCAUUGGUUUUGUAUGUUUGAUCUUAUUUACUGCAAAUUACAUACAUCACAGCUAACCAUUUUGCUUAUUUAGUUAAUUUAGAUUUUUGGAGGUAUUCUUCCUGGGAAUUGUUGGUUUUCAUUCAUUUCUUCCCAUAGUGAACACUGAGUCUGCAUUAAAUCAAAUUUCUCUUAUCUUUUUACAAUGAGAGAUUGUGUCCAACAUGAACACACAAUUUUCUGGCUAGUCAUUUCAGUUUUCAUCGUUUCUCAUGGGAGAUACCUAUCUGUGCUGUUUUGUCUGAGCUUUUCUUACCGGUUUGAGGCGGUGCAUAUUUUUGUGCACAACUCAGGAUUUAGCAAUAUUUGAAUCAAAAUCAGGUGAUAGUUGGUGGGUUGUUUUGGUCACUCAACUCUGAUCAAACAAGAUUAGAUUAGAUGAAUGAAGGUUUUUUUUUUUUUUUGGUUUUUUUUCUUCCCCAAAUCCAAAGUUUAAUUGGUUCUUGUUUAGUCAUGAAUAUUAACUAUAGAAAAAAAUACUUUGUUUUCAGGGAAUUUCAUGAGCCAAAUUUACAUAUUGCUGCUUGGCAAUGCAGUAUAAUCGCAGGUUGAAUUGAAAAGUCUUCAGUGCUUUACUCUGCAAAGAGAGUGCAACUUUUACAGAAAUUAAUGCAGACUUGAUGUUCACUGUCAUGGGCCUACUAUGGACAGGUUGUUUUUUUUUAAGUAUCAACAUUGAUGCAGCAGAAUCAGACAUAUUGUCUUCCUGGUCCAAACCUGGUGCCUACAUUACCCACAAUCCAACUCGUUUGCUGACAGUUCAGUCAGCGAUUUUGGUGUGUUAUGCUAGUAGCAUGUCUGUGUAACCUGAAGCUGCUAGCCACAAGCAGCGAUGAGGAACAGGCUCCAGAGGUCUGGGAAGCUCAUUUAUUUCUAACUCCACACCCCCAAUUUUUUUUUAUUUUCAGACCUAAUCAGAGUCAAAAACCAAGACAAGUUAUCAGACUUUGUGCAGCUUCAUCUGGAGCCACAGAAGGCUUUAUACAGCCUCUGUUGGAGCGGCUACUGCCCAAGAGCUGAAAACAGACUUUCACGUGUAAAUCGGUGGAGUUACCCUUUGAGCAAGUUUUAAGAGUCGACCAAUUGUUUUCAGUGUCAUAUGGAAAUAAAUGGGAGACGGUGACUGUUCAGAAUGGUGGGGAAAAAUGCAUCUGAAAAUAUAAAACCUCACAGCACGUACUUGAAAACAGUCACCAAAAAUGGCCGGUAUACAUGAUUUUUAGUUGAGGAUAUAAAACUUGCAAAAACACUGGUAUGGUCCUUUAAAAUAUCUCACCUGAAUCAUGUCACAAAUGAGGACUUACGGCUCUUUGUUUUCACAAUGCUGUGAUGAAGAGGACCGUGCUUAAGAUACAAACUACAUAUUCAGUUUUUACCUUUUUAAAGUUGUGAUUCCUGACCUUUUUCACUUAUAAAUCUGUAAAACAAACAGUGUGUUUUCCUGUCACAGUCUGUAGCAUUAUCAAUUUAACCAAAGAAUGAUUUUCCCAUGUCAUGUUGGUUUAAUUGUCUAAGGAAGUUUGAUGGCUGAAUAUGAAAGUUUUACCAGAAAAAAUAAAAUAGAAUUGGACAUAAAAGUAUUUAGUAGAAGAAGGAAAACCACAGGUAUAGAAACAAUAGCUUUAAUCAAAGAUGUCCUCUUUCCCUGAUGUUGGAAGUCCUCUCACAAGUGGAAGGUACAUACCUAAGAAUGUAAAAGCAUUUGCUUUCAAGCCAAGGCCUGUUGUCCUCAUGGGAAUAAGUAAUCUUAUCUGGGAUGACCGUACAUGCACAUCAAAUCAGUGGUACCACCCAUGUUUACCCAGGGGUAUGAACUGUUUUUAGCCGUGAUAUGUGUGCACUUUCUGCAGCGGCCUCAGCACAGGCCUCUCAAAGUGUGAAGGGGUUUACUGGAGUAGGUUUGCUUUGGCUUUUGACUGAAUUAGUGUUCCUCAUUUUAACUUUGUGCAUUUUCUGUUUUUUCCUCUUUCCUGUGUUUGGGUUUUGGUUCAGACAGACGUUACGUUCAGGGCUCAGCUGUUGACAGUACGCGUUGCCUAUGACAGUCUCUCCGAAAAUGGCCUUAACUUUCACCACACUACUGUACCGUCCAUUUCUGGCACCAAACAGACUUCUCAUAUCUGUUGCUCUCGCUCUGCUGGUGUCAGGAAAGACUUCAGAAAUGCUUCUUCUGGAUGUUGAGUGUUUAUAUUUAUAGUCAUAAAAUCUAGUAAAUGCCAAUAUUUUACAGAAUGUUAUGAGAUAAGGUUGUAUGCUCUCAGUAUUAUUUUAUACCCAUUCUUCCUCGAUGACGUGGGAAAGACCUGAGCUAUUGUCGCACCAUUUUGUGGUCACAUGAGUUAAGUCACAAACAAGGAAAAUGACACUGAAUAAAAAUUAUU